AUGUCUUUCGAAACCACUGCCACCAUUGCCUCGUUCGGAGGCAAGCUGCUCAAGCUCAAGCACAAAUCUGCCAGCACAAACACGGAUAUGGAGCUGAACAUGUUCCUACCCCCGCAGGCGCUCAAAUCUGGCGCAAAGGUGCCCGUCCUCUUCUACCUUUCAGGUCUCACAUGUACCGGCAACAACUGUUCAGAAAAGGGCUUCUUCCAGCACGGCGCCGCACAGCACGGCAUUGCCAUUGUGUAUCCCGACACUUCACCCAGGGGUCUCCAGAUCGAGGGCGAGGAUGAGGCAUACGACUUUGGCUCCGGCGCGGGCUUCUACGUAGACGCCACCAAGGAGCCAUGGAACAAGGGCUACAACAUGUACUCGUACAUCACCAAGGAACUCCCCGAUGCUCUCUUUUCGUCCUUCAAGGAGCUGGACUCGAGCAGAGUUAGCAUCACCGGUCACAGCAUGGGAGGCCACGGCGCGUUGACAUUGUUCCUCAAGAACCCUGGAAAGUACAAGUCCGUCUCAGCAUUCGCGCCCAUUGCCAACCCGAUCAACUGCCCAUGGGGCCAGAAGGCAUUCAAAGGAUACUUUGGCGAAGACCAGCAACAAAAGUGGAAGGAGCACGACGCAUCAGAGCUCGUAAAGCAAUGGAAGGGUCCUCUGGAGAUGCUCAUUGAUGUUGGUACCGGAGACAACUUCUACAAGCAAGGACAACUUCUGCCCGAAAACUUUAUGCAGGCAGCCAAGGAGGCUGGCAACGACAAGGGUAUCCAGCUCCGCAUGCAGCCCGACUACGACCACAGCUACUACUUCAUGGCGACCUUUGCGGACGACCACGUUGCAUGGGCAGCGAAGCACUUGGGCGCGUAG